AUUCGCAUCUCGCCACCCCACCUCUGAAGUCUCAGAAAUAUUCCCUAUUUUCUCUCUCUCUCUGUCUCUCUAUCUCUGAGGUCAGAGCCAGAUAGAGAGUUAGCGUAGCAAUGACUCCAACCCCACGAAUCCGAUAAAACGCCUUCUCCGUCUAUCUCUCUCUCGGUAGUUCCGCGGACACGAAGAAAGAAAUGGAGAUGAGAAGGGUCCUCCUGUCUCGCCCUUCAACUCUCUUUCUCUAACUCUCUGCCCUCGAUUUCUUCGCCUUUGAUUUUUCUUCAAUACCCUAAUCUCCCUCUAUCCAAAUUUCUUAUCUUCGUUGUCCGAUCCCCAAUUCUGAACUGCAAUUUCGGUGCUCGAUCCUAAAUUUUCUACUGCCAUUGGAGUAAUUUCUCUCAUCAAGGAAAAGGGGAAAACUUCGAGCAAAGUGUCCAGAAUUUCUAUUAAAUACACAGGAAGAUUGGAAAUGGUGAAUGGUAGCAGAGGACGGCGCAGAAUUUCUUCUCGGCAAUCCAGGGUAACUCCAUAUCCACUGCCUUCUUACAACUUGGAUAUUUCAGUGGACUUGUGUCCUAAGAAAUGCUCCAAGGCUUUGGAUAAAAAAGACUGGGAAGAUGUGACAUGUUCUGUGUGUAUGGAGUGCCCUCACAAUGCUGUUCUUCUCCUCUGUUCCUCUCAUGACAAGGGUUGCCGUCCGUACAUGUGUGGAACUAGCUUUCGGUACUCCAACUGCCUUGACCAGUACAAAAAAGCAUAUUGCAAAACAAUCUCAUCGAAUGAUGGACAACAUAUGCAUGGCUCCAUCAAUAAUCCCAUUGUGGUACCAGAUUCCAGUUUGCCCAUCGAGAGGUGUGAGGCCACCGAGCUUGCCUGCCCCCUUUGCAGGGGCCAGGUUAAAGGUUGGACUGUGGUUGAACUUGCACGAGAAUUUCUAAAUGAGAAAAAGAGAAGCUGCAUGCAGGAUAAUUGCUCAUUUGUUGGAAAUUACAAGGAGCUGCGGAAACAUGUUAGGGUGGAGCACCCCUCUGCACGGCCGCGCGAAGUGGAUCCCAUACUCGAACAGAAAUGGAGACGGCUUGAGCGGGAGAGGGAGCGGGAUGAUGUGAUCAGCACAAUAAGGUCAACAAUGCCGGGGGCAAUGGUUUUUGGAGAUUAUGUUAUAGAAAGUAAUCGGCAUGGUUUUGAUACAGAUGAAGAGGAUGGGGGCUUUGAUGUAAAUGCUGCAGAGAGGAAUAGGGGUCUUGAGGUUGGCUUUGAUAGUAAUCUGGUGAAUGUAUUUCUUCUGUUGCAUGCGUUUGGACCAUCAGGGAAUGACCUUAGUAGACGGCUGAGGCAUCCUGAGAGAACCUUUCAUCAUGGAUCAGAUCAGAAUGCUGUUAGCGUUCACCAGAAUCACCACCCCUCUCCUGUUGGUGGAUUGGAUUCCUCCGAUCAAGACGACAAUAAUAACAGCAAUGAUGAUGGUGGCGGCGAUGAUGGUGGCAUGUCACUGGUUAGCCGUCUCCGUCGACAUGGCAGAGUAUUAUUGGGACGAUCAGGUAGGAGACGCAGACGUAGAGAAGCCAUUAGGGAUCUGUGAUAGAUCAAAAUGGUACUAGAGAAAGGAGGGAGGAAUAGGAAAAGUUUCUCAGGUAUAUAGUUUCAGUAGGGAAAAGAAAUUAGAAAAUAACGUAAAGGAUUUGACUCCACACAUUCGCAUGGAUUACUCAUUUGUUUUGUUGCAUGACUUGUGCGGUAGAAUAGCCAGGUUGAUGAUGAGAGGUGGAAAGAUGGUUUUUCUUCCCCUCUUAUGUAUUCUUUUACAUGUAAUUUCCUAAUUACCUUUAAUCCUCCUGUUGUUUUCAAUUAAAAUUAUAUUACUGCAGAAUUUGUCCAUGUAAACAUGCAAUUUGCUUUCUUCUCCAUCUGGCAUUGUUCAGAGGAUCAUAGAUUGAAUCCAAUUAUGACUUGAAAA